AUGAGCAAACGGACCAUCGUGAAUGAGUGGGACCUUGUCUGUGAAAACAGGUGGAUAAGCUUUACAAUUACAUCCGUUCAGAUGUCAGGGGCGUUAGUUGGAGCUACUAUUGUCAUACAAAAUAUGUCAGGGAAUUUUUAUCUCAACUUCUUUCUAGUAUCUAUCGUGGAGAUUCCAGCAUCCUUACUAAUUCUACUCUUUGUUAACAGUUGGGCAUGUAUGUCCACAUUUACUGCUGAAUUAUACCCCACAGUAAUCAGAAAUCUUGGUUAUGGAUGUGCUGGAACUAUUUCAAGGGUCGGGGGAGUUUUCGCGUCACAAGCUGUUAAAGGUGGUUAUGUGCCAUAUGUUAUAAUCUACUUUUUCUUACUAUUUUAA